CAGGUCUCAUAUCCAUUCGUUGAUCUUUCUAGCUAAUUGAACCACUUUUGUCUAGGUUCUGUUGUUUCAUUUUGUUUCAUUUCAUUGGUCUGUCUCUAUUUCGUAAAUUAUUUUUGUGACUCAUAGAACAUAACUAAUUAUCAAGUUUCUGAUUGAAAUGGUUUGUGUUCUAAUCGGCUGGUUGUUACAGAAUUAAUAUACAUACAGUCGGAGUAGUUGAUGGCACAAAAACUGCUGCAUGGUGUUCUUCAUGUGAAGAUCUUCGAGGCAAAUAGAUUUUUGAGUGAAGGUUGUUGCAUCUACUUCUCCGAGCUCCUCGAUAAAUUUCACAAAACACAUUGUUUUGGGGAACGUACUUCCAAACUCUAUGCAACAAUCCAUUUAGAAAAUACUAAAGUUGGCAGAACCAGACUGGUGGAAUUGAACAACGAAACCUCAAUUCCCCAAUGGCACGAGUCAUUCCACAUUUACUGUGCCCAUAUAGCAUCCAGUGUCAAAUUUUCCAUCAAAGAACGCUAUCCUAUAGGUGCUAAAGUGAUUGGAAGGGCCUCUGUUCCUGCAGAGGAACUCCUCAGUGGAGAAGAAGCAGACAAAUGGCUCAUCAUCUUGGAUAACAAACACCAUAAACCUUUACAUGGACGUCCUAAACUCCAUGUCAAAUUGCGUUUUUCCCAUGUUACUGCAGACCCUAACUGGUCCCGAGGAAUUAAAAGUCCCAACUUUCCAGGAGUUCCUUACACAUUCUUUACUCAGAGGAAUGGUUGCAGAGUUACCCUUUACCAAGAUGCUCAUGUCCCAGACAAAUUCAGCCCCAAAAUCCCACUUCUUGGGGGUCAAAAUUAUGAGCCUCACAGAUGCUGGGAAGAUAUUUUUGAUGCCAUUUCCAAGGCGAAGCACUUGAUUUACAUAGCAGGCUGGUCUGUGUAUACCAAAAUUAGCUUGGUAAGAGACCCGAGGAGGCAAAAACCCGGAGGCAAUAUCACCCUUGGUGAGCUUCUUAAGAAGAAGGCCGAUGAAGGAAUCAAGGUGCUAAUGCUUGUCUGGGAUGAUAAAACUUCUGUGAAGCUACUUAAAAAGGAUGGAGUAAUGGCUUCACAUGAUGAAGAUACUGAAAGUUACUUCCAUAACACUGGAGUCCAAUGUGUGUUGUGCCCCCGGAAUCCGGAUAAAUCCGAAAAGGUUGUUGGAGGAUUGUUGUUUUCGACCUUGUUUACUCACCACCAGAAGAUUGUGGUGGUUGACAGUGAGAUUCCUAAUGAAAAAUUAUCAGGAAAGAGGAGGAUUAUGAGCUUCAUUGGUGGGAUUGAUCUUUGUGAUGGUAGAUAUGACACUCCUUUCCAUUCCCUUUUCAGUACACUGGACUCUGUCCACCAUGAUGAUUUCCAUCAGCCCAAUUUCUCUGGCGCUUCAAUUCUCAAAGGUGGACCAAGAGUUCCUUGGCAUGAUAUGCAUUGCAGGUUAGAAGGAGCUGUUGCUUGGGAUGUUUUGUCCAAUUUCGAGCAGAGAUGGAGGAAGCAAGGUGGGAAGGACUUGCUGGUUCCAUUGAGAGAACUCGAUAACAUUUUUAUACCUCCAUCUCCGGUUAUGUUACAUGGAGACCAUGACACAUGGAACGUUCAGUUGUUCCGGUCCAUCGAUGAAGGAGCUGCCAUUUUCGAAUCCCCUUAUCAGAAUGCUGGCAGGGCAGGUCUUGUGAGUGGGAAAGAUCAUUUUAUUGAAAGAAGCAUUCAAGACGCUUAUAUCAAUGCCAUUCGAAGAGCAAAGAAUUUCAUCUACAUCGAAAACCAAUAUUUUCUCGGAAGCUCUUUCUCUUGGAACUCAAAUGGACAACAUAAGGUUGGGAAGGUUGGUGCUCUGCAUCUUAUUCCAAAGGAACUGUCUUUAAAGAUUGUUAGCAAGAUUGAUGCUGGAGAGAGAUUCACAGUCUACAUUGUCAUUCCAAUGUGGCCAGAGGGUAUCCCAGAAAGUGGUUCUGUUCAAGAGAUAUUGCAUUGGCAAAAGUUGACAAUGGAAAUGAUGUAUAAAGACAUAGUUCAGGCUCUCAAAGCCAAAGGACUCGAGGCAGACCCCAAGGACUAUUUGACUUUCUUUUGCCUAGGUAAUCGGGAGGUGAAGAAGAUCGGGGAAUAUGAACCUCCAGAGAAACCAGAAGAUGAUACAGAUUAUAGCAGAGCUCAGAAAUCAAGACGAUUUAUGAUCUAUGUUCAUGCAAAGAUGAUGAUUGUUGAUGAUGAAUACAUUAUCAUUGGAUCGGCAAACAUCAAUCAGAGAUCAAUGGAUGGUGCCAGAGAUACCGAGAUUGCCAUGGGAGCCUACCAACCCCAUCACUUAGCUACCUUGGGACCAGCCAGGGGCCAGAUUCAUGGGCACAGAUUGGCAUUGUGGUACGAACACUUGGGCAAGCUCGACCACACCUUCCUCGAACCACAGAGCAUCGAAUGCGUCCGGAAGGUGAACCAAAUUGCAGAUGAGUACUGGAAGCUUUACUCCCUUGAGACCAUAGACCAUUACUUCCCUGGUCACUUGCUCAGCUACCCCAUUAGAGUCCUUGAAAAUGGAGAAGUGACAACUUUACCCGAGACCGAAUUUUUCCCCGACACAAAAGGUCGAGUCCUUGGCUCUAACUCUGAGCUUCUUCCAUCAAUCCUCACUUCUUAAAAAGAUGCAUUCAUUAAUUUGUUUGUUCAAUGUAACUAGUGUAAAGAGCUUGGGCUUUGAUUUCUCAUAAUACAUUGAGUUAGUGAUGUAAACUACAAAAUAAAACAUGUAUUUGUUGUUCUUUAUACUGAAUUCAGUUUGUUUGUGAUCUAGUCUAGAAAUUAAACAAGAAGGGUUGCAGGAAUUGGUUAAGUAAGACACUUUCUUAGCGCCCCUAUAGUUGCUUUGGAAAUGUUUACAAUGAAUCUGCCUAACAAUCUGUUUCUUUUACGAAGUUUCUUAUUAGGAAGUUUGUCAAAAACCAGAAAUAAAUAAAUAAUAAAAUAAGUGGAAGCAGUA